AUGGUCAAAAAGGUCCUUGUUGGUUAUGGCGUGGACGUCGACGCCGUUAGCGGAUGGAUCAACACUCAGACCGGUCAGGCGGCUGAUGUGACCAACAUCUCUCGCGGUGUCUUUGGAGCCACCGUGGGCAUUGACAGGUUACUGGCACUGUUCCAAAAGUAUAACAUCAAGGCGACCUGGUUUGCUCCGGGCCAUUCCAUCGAGUCAUUCCCCAAGCAAAUGGCCAAGGUGCGGGAUGCUGGACACGAAAUUGGACUGCAUGGGUACACGCACGAAUUUGUCUCGCAGCUCUCAACACAACAGGAGCGGGAUGUCCUGCAGAAAUCCAUCGACGUGGUCACCGCAUUUACGGGGAAGAAACCCAGAGGCUUUACGGCGCCUGCAUGGACCCCGUCGCCUCAAACCGUGAAGCUCUUGGAGGAGCAUGGGCUGGAGUAUGACCACUCCUUCAUGCAUCAUGACUCCCAGUUGUACUAUCUCCCGUACCCACCGGCCACAUGGAAGGAAACCGACUACAAGAAUCUCUCGGCUGGGGACUGGAUGACCCCCAUGUCAUCGCUUCGGCCGUCGACGCUGGUCGAAGUCCCGGCGAAUUGGCACGUUGACGAUUGGCCUGCUUUCCAGACCAUGCGGGGCCAGGGCGCUGCCGGCUUUGUCGACCCGCAUCAGAUUGAGAGAUUCUGGCAGGAGCACUUUGACUUCUGUUACCGGGAGUAUGAGCAUUUUGUGUUCCCCAUCAGCAUCCACCCUCAAGUCAGCGGCAAGCCUCAAAUCACCCUCUUGCAUGAGCGGCUCAUUGAAUGGAUCAACAAGCAUGACGGGGUGGAAUGGUGUACCUUUGAGGAAAUGGCCAACAAGUUCCGGAAGGGCGAAAUCCAGGGCGUGGAGGUGGAGGGGGGUGUUGACCUGUAGCAG